GUUCUGUGACAGAGAGAAUCUAACAUGACACACACCUGUCCCAAACCACACCCAUUUCCAACCCACACCUCUGAACUACUGUAGGGCAGCCACUUGACAAUAAAGCCAACAGCUCCAGAGGAACUCAUUUCACUGUCAAGCUCUCUCUUUAACGGGUAAAAUGUUAUGGACUAUAUUUUUACUGCUCAAUGGUCUGCUCGCUCUCGUCAUUCUUUACUCUUCCCGUUCAAGACAGAAAAAUGAACCACCGUUAGACAAAGGCUUCAUUCCGUGGCUGGGUCAUGCCCUGGAGUUUGGAAAAGAUGCUGCAAAGUUUCUAACACGGAUGAAACAAAAACAUGGUGACAUUUUUACGGUGCGUGUUUGUGGUGGUUACAUCACUGUGCUGCUGGAUCCUAACUCCUAUGACACGCUCCUCGAUGACAAAGUCUCUCUGGACUUCAGUCGCUACGCCCAGGUCCUGAUGCAAAGGAUCUUCAGCCUGAGACUACCCAAUCACAACCCAGACACAGAGAGGGCCUGGAUGGAACAGCACUUCCAGGGCCCUAGCCUGGCCAGAUUAAGCAGCACCAUGCACCUCCACCUCCAGACACAGCUACGGGAUGAGGAGAGGAGCUGUAGUCCAGCAGACUGGAGGCAGAAUGGUCUCUUCAGCCUCUGUUACAGCUUGCUCUUCAGGGCUGGGUAUCUCACACUGUUCGGUGCAGAGAACAGCAACGACGUCACCGCACUCGCUACUGUCUACAAAGAGUUCCGCACGUUUGAUGGUCUUCUCGCAAAACUGGCACGUUCAACCCUCAAGCAAGAGGAGAAGAGGGCAGCAGGUCUGUCCCAGGAGAGACUGUGGGAGCUGCUGUCCCCAGCGUGGCUGAGCAGAGGAAAGGGGUCAGAGAGUAGGUCUUGGCAGCAGAGUUACCUCAGCCAUCUACAGACGGAAGGAGUGGACACGGAGAUGCAGAGAAGAGCCAUGCUGCUUCAGCUCUGGGCCACCCAGGGUAACGCUGGGCCUGCUGCCUUCUGGCUUCUGAGUUUCCUGCUCACGCACCCCGAGGCCAUGAGAGCUGUGAGGAAGGAGAUCAGAGGCCUGCGUCUACAGGAGGACGGCGCUCUACAGCGACACCCUCUGGACACACUGGAGCACCACAGCACACCUGUGUUUGACAGUGUUCUGAGUGAGACACUGCGUCUGACCGCUGCUGCCCUCAUCACCAGAGAGGUGGUCCAGGACAAGACCCUUCGUCUGGCCAGUGGACAGGCGUACCACCUCAGACAGGGGGACCGGGUGUGUAUCUUCCCCUUCCUCAGCCCUCAGAUGGACCCCCAGAUACACCACAAUCCACAGACAUUUCAAUAUGACCGCUUCCUAAAUGCAGACGGGACAGAGAAGAAGAAGUUCUAUAAGGGCGGGGAGAGACUAAAGUAUUACACCAUGCCAUGGGGUGCAGGCGACAACAUGUGUGUGGGGAGACACUUUGCAGUCAGUGGCAUCAAACAGUUUGUGUUCAUGGUCCUCUCCCGGCUGGACCUGGAGCUGUGCGACCCAACGGCCAUCGUCCCUCCGGUCAAUCCCAGUCGCUAUGGUUUCGGGAUGCUCCAGCCCGACGGAGACCUGGAGGUCCGCUACAGACUCAAGACUCUGCACUAGGAUAACGACCCCUAACCUCUGACUCCUGCAUCCUGCACUAGAACUAGGACAUGAUUAGCCUGGUCCCAGAUCUGUUUGUGCUGUAUAGCCAUGUUUGGCAUGACAAUGACAUUAGGAGUUGGCAAGACAGCACAACCAGUUCUGGGACCAGGCUAGGACAUGACUUCCUCUUACAUCCUCCUGACACUGACUGCACUCAAUACAAAUCAGUUUCAUGUUUUUAUUUAUCGUUUUUUUGUUCAAUAUUGUUUUUACAUUCAAACUAUAUCACUUGUACUGUAUAUCUCUGAAUAAUAAAUAAUGUAUCUAAAUUA